AAAAACAAAUAAUGGGGAAAUGAGUACAAGAAAUAUGAGUUCGUUCAGCGGGUCAAGAUGUAGUACACCAAGAGAUGCCCCAAACACAAGUCGUACGGUCAACACUUAGAUAAUGACUAUAUGCAGCAAAGUUAAAAAUGUAUUUAGCAAGAAAUCGCCCUAUCCUCCUGAACCCUCCAUCGGAACCUGGGAUGUUGGGUUGUUCAGCUGCUUCCGGAGUGUCAGCAAAACUGUGCUGGCACUCUGCUGCCCGUGCUACCUGUUCGGCAAACUAGCCGAGGCCACCGAGCGAGACUGCUGCUGCUACGGCUUCCUGUGUCUGACGCCCGCCUCCUGCUACGUGCAGGCCAUCAUCCGACAAGACGUGAGGGUGGAGCAGGAAAUCUCCGGCAGCAUCUGGGGGGAUUUCUUAACCGUGCUGUGCUGCCCGUGGUGCUCUUUGGUGCAGGAGGCGCGGGAGAUUCAAGAGAUAGACUGACGCGCUGCUGGUGCGGUGGUGGUGGUGGUGGUGAUGGUGUGGUGGUAGUAGUGUGGUGAUGGCGUUAUGGAUAGUGUAGGAGGCGAGGGAGGUUCAAGAUAUAGACUGACGUGUUGAUGCUGCUAUGGUGGUAGUGAUGAUGUGGUAGUAGUAGUGUGGUGAUGGCGUUAUGGGGAUUUCGUGGUUGUACGUACGUUAUAUUUAUAUUAGUGGUAUGUUGAUAUGUUGAUGACAUAUAUGUAUUUCGAGUAUGUGGUGAUGGAGUUGUGGGUGAUUCAUGGUUGUAGGUACAUUAGAUGUAUGUUAAUGGUAUGUUGAUGAUGUGUUGUUGACAUAUAUAUUGUGCCUAGGAAACGUGUUGAUA